CUUGAACUGUGAUAUACAGGAUCCUGAUACCCAGAUUAACUUGACUAAACUGGAAAGCUGGAGUAUGGAGAAAGGUCAGUUUCUAUUUGUCGUGAAUGGUUUUGCCGCAUUUAGUUGUUCCAAGGCAAUGCAGAUCCUGGAAAUUGUUCCUGAAACCCUUAUUUCUCAUGCCGGUUUCACUUGCCAGCUCUGGGGUUUUUGGGUUCCUAAGGUCUACUCUGAAUAUGGUCUGAGAAAAAUAUAGCUUUUUACCUUGUUGGUUGCAAACAAUGAGUAGCAGCAGUAUUGGAAGUUCUGUAUUCAAGACACUGAGAUUAAAGAACCCAAAGCUUUUCUCCUUAGAAACUUGCUCCGAUCUCACUCACUUGAAAAUCAUCCAUGCUUAUAUGAUCAGAACACAUAUCAUCUGCGAUGUGUUCGCAGCCAGCCGCCUGAUUGCCUUCUGCGUAGACCCCAGUUCUGGAACAAGCUUAAUUGACUAUGCAUCACGAAUCUUCUCACAGAUUCAAAACCCCAAUCUCUUCAUCUUCAAUGCCAUGAUCCGGGGUCAUUCAGGGAGCAAAAACCCAGAUCAGGCCUUCCAUUUUUAUGUCCAGUCGCAACGCCAAGGCCUCCUUCCUGAUAACCUGACCUUCCCAUUUUUGGUCAAGUCAUGUACCAAAUUGCACUGCAUAUCCAUGGGUUCUCAAGCCCACGGUCAUAUCAUCAAACAUGGGUUUGAAAAAGAUGUUUAUGUUCAAAAUUCUCUUGUUCAUAUGUAUGCUACAUUUGGGGAUACAGAAGCAGCUACCCUCAUCUUUCAGAGAAUGUACUAUGUGGAUGUUGUCUCUUGGACUUCCAUGAUCAGGGGCUUCAACAAAUGUGGAGAUGUGGAAUCUGCCCGCAAGUUAUUUGAUCAAAUGCCGGAGAAGAACUUAGUUACAUGGAGUACAAUGAUCAGUGGCUAUGCCCAGAAUAACCAUUUUGAUAAAGCUGUGGAAUUGUUUAAAGUUCUUCAGUCACAAGGAGUGCGAGCAAAUGAGACGGUCAUGGUGAGUGUGAUAUCUUCAUGUGCUCAUUUAGGUGCUCUUGAACUGGGGGAAAGAGCACAUGAUUAUGUAGUCAAGAAUGGCAUGACUCUGAAUCUGAUCCUGGGAACAGCUCUUGUAGACAUGUAUGCCAGGUGUGGGAGCAUCGAUAAGGCUGUUUGGGUUUUUGAAGAUCUGCCAGAAAGAGACACUUUAAGUUGGACUGCUCUGAUAGCUGGACUAGCUAUGCAUGGUUACUCUGAGAGAUCGCUCAAGUACUUUGCAACGAUGGUGGAAGCAGGGCUAACCCCAAGGGACAUCACCUUUACUGCAGUAUUAUCAGCUUGCAGCCAUGGUGGCCUGGUUGAAAGAGGCUUCCAGAUUUUUGAGAGCAUGAAAAGAGACCACAGGGUUGAACCUAGGUUGGAGCACUAUGGAUGUAUGGUGGAUCUUCUAGGCCGAGCAGGGAAGUUGGAGGAAGCUGAGAGGUUUGUCCUCAAAAUGCCUGUGAAGCCUAAUGCCCCUGUUUGGGGGGCAUUGCUUGGGGCCUGUAGGAUUCAUAAAAAUGCAGAAAUUGGGGAAAGGGUGGGGAAGAUAUUGAUCCAGUUGCUGCCACAACACAGCGGGUAUUAUGUUCUUCUGUCAAACAUUUAUGCAAAUGCAAAGGAGUGGGAGAAAGUGACAGAGAUGAGGCAAAUGAUGAAAGCCAAAGGAUUGAAGAAACCGCCGGGUCACAGCCUGAUUGAGUUGGAUGGGAGAGUCCACAAGUUCACGAUUGGAGAUAGCUCACACCCUGAAAUGGACAAGAUUGAGAGAAUGUGGGAAGAGAUUCUGAUGAGGAUAAGGGCAGCAGGGUACAGGGGAAAUACUGCAGAUGCAUUGUUCGACAUAGAUGAGGAGGAGAAGGAGAGUGCUCUUCACAGGCAUAGUGAGAAGCUAGCCAUUGCGUUUGGGAUGAUGAGGAGUGAAGCAGGAACACCAAUUCGGAUAGUGAAGAACUUGAGAGUAUGUGAGGACUGCCACACAGCUACCAAGCUGAUUUCAAAAGUUUUUGGGAGAGAGUUGAUUGUGAGAGACCGAAACAGAUUCCACCAUUUCAGACAAGGUUUGUGUUCUUGCAUGGAUUACUGGUAGAAGUUUGAAUCCAUGCUAUUCAGUAGCCACAUCUUCCAAGCUCAAUCCAAACUCUAUUCAGUAUCUCUCUCUCAACCACCAGCCCCAUUCUUCUCCCAUGCCUUAUAAUGAGGGGAAGCAGGCAAUUGAUCAGCAACAUAUAGUUGAAACUUGAAACAACAGCUCAUUGUUGGAUCUCCACUUGAUAGAUCAUAACAGAUGUUAUACAGGAGAAAGACAAGCUGAUGAUAAGAACCAUUGCCAUAUUUCAAGCCUUUUAAAAAGGCAGAAUGCAUGAAAGAAGUCACAACAGCAUCUGGAAUUCCAAAUGCAUAUGUGCUUUCUUGUAUGCCUUCACCUGUUGCUCCUUGGGUAUCGGAUUUCUGGCCAACAGUCUCAACUGCAGCAUUUAGGGCAAUUGAAGUCGGCUCGUUGCAAAACUGCACACACACACAAUGUAAUUUUAUUCUUAUUAGCCAGCAGCUGGUAAUGCUAUAUAUAGCCAUAAAAUAUGCCAACACAUGUAUCUAAUGACAUGGUUCUCAGUAAUAUAAAUAACUGAAAGCUAAA